AUGACCGGCACGCUUCCCGGUGUUGAAUGUGCUCGAAGAAGACGGAUUCAUUAUACAGUUGGGGGGGCAGAUUCACCCAGUGCCUCUGGUUCUGGGUUUACAAGGCGCUCGUCUUUUUGCUUGUAUACAAGCAGCCAUGAAUCCCAGCUCAUCACCUCUUCUUCUUCUUCCAUGCAAAGAAGCAUGGUGAAUCAGGAAUAUGAGAAUGAGAACCUAGGUAAAGUGGCAAGAGAAGCCAAAGAGAGGUUGGAUGAGAGGCUAAGAGCACAGCGGAAAUCAGAAACCAAAAGGUGCCAAGAAAGAUUAAGGAUCAUGGGGGGCAGGAAUAGCCCUAGCAACCAAGAAAGAUUGAGGGGUAAGGAAAUAGAGAACAGGACUAAGACUAGCACCACCCAAGAAAAAUUGAAGGGUAUAGAUGGCAGAUCUAUGGUGCUUAGGGAUUUGCAGACAGAGGUGUUUGGGUUGAAGAAAAGUGGGUUAAAGAGGUUAAGUUGGGCAAAGUUAGGAGGGAAAGGCUUGGAGCCAGAGGAGUGUGCCGUGUGCUUGGACCAGUUCAAGGUGGGUGAGACCCUGGUGCACCUGCCUUGCGCUCAUAGGUUCCAUUCAAGGUGUUUGGAGCCAUGGCUGGAGAAUAAUGCGCAUUGCCCUUGUUGCAGAAUGGAGCUUUUGAGUUAA